UGAUAAAGCACACUAGCUCUCAUCAUGCAAUCACGCAUCACUUAGAUCUUAACUCAGUGGUGCUUUUCCGUCAUCGUUUUGACUGAAUACACACGAGUUAGUUUGUGGAAGGGUGUGGUGUUUUCAGAUCAAAAUCUCGUAUGCGUGGAAGAAACAGGAAUUUUUGAAUUGCUCCUAAUCCUCUGUAUUUCAUAUGUCAAGAUCUAAGGAGGUAUAAUCAGCAAUCAUGUACAGUGUCAACGAUGAGUUACCUGAAGGUUUCUUUGAUGGUCAUCACACCGGGACUCGUUCCAAGAAAACCCGCGUCCCUUCCUCGAAGUCAGGGAGAUCAUCGAAACAACAAUACAUCAUUAAAGAGGAAGCAAACGACAACGACAGCGACAACGAUGACGAAAUGAAGAACAGCCGACAUCGAAUGAGACUUAGGAUUGUCGCUGUGGCUCUUGUGUUCACGGUUGCUGCACUCAUUGCGUUUGGUGUAGCGCUUUAUUUCUCUUCCAUGGAUCCGUCGGUAAAUCUGGAACCAGUGAUUGCUGAAGAUGAAGUACCGUCACCUAAUUGAAAUGACAUGAUGAAAUAGACAACGACUUCCAUGAUGAUCACGAAGGGAUCAUUUGUAAUGUUUCAUGAUUACAGACGUCAUCAGACAUUCAAUAUAACGCUCGCAUGACAUUCACGAUAUGGAACGUUUGAACGGGAUAGAACAUAAUAGCAUAGGCCUACAUGGAGCACAUUUCAACAUUAUCCCGAACUAAUGUGUCCGAAAAUCAAAUAUAAAUAUUGGGACACAAAGAAAGCUUUCAUUAUUAUUAUCA